GCGGUGUUCAGCUCCAUGUUUUGGACAAAUUAUGUCCACUCUGUGAUCCCGUACAUGUAUGGCGCACGCAGCAAGGCAUUAAGGAUCAUGUACAAGGCUCUGCAAGCACAGACGAAGCCUGCUCGAGGACACACAGUGGCGAGGCUGGCAGCUAUCCCUGCAGGCGUGAGUCUGUUCUCAGUGUGGGUUCAUGCCGCGUGUGAAGAGAAACACGACAAGAGAUCCCUGAAGGUCGAUGAGCUGUCUCUUUACACCACACCGGAGCAGCACUAUAAAUUUGUGGAGUCGGAGCCCACCCAGCUGGAGGAAGGCAUUGCUGAGCUGAGGAAGGCGACGGAGCCCAUCUCUACCUGGUGUCAGCAUGCUGGCCAUACUGCAGUGGAGCAGGCACAGGGAGUCAUAACAACAACCAAACCAAAAGUUGAAAGCUCUCUCCAGUUUGGAAAAGAUAGCUAUGAGUUCCUGAAGGCUCCACCCCCCGGGUUUUACCCUCGCGUCGGAGUCAUUGGCUUUGCUGGAAUCGUCGGACUCUUCCUCGCUAGAGGUUCCAAAGUCAAGAAGCUGGCAUACCCCGUGACUUUAAUGACAGUCGCUGCCUCUCUGUAUUUCCCACAGCAAGCUGCUAACAUCGCUAAGGUAACGGGAGAGGCUGUGUAUGACUGGAGCCUGCAGGGCUAUGUGGCUGUAGAAUCACUGUGGAAAGACAACAGCAGUAAGAAAAGUGCUAAGAAACAAAGCCCAAAGUCUGAAGCCGCCUCUGCAGAUCUUGACAGUAGUAGCAACACCCCUGCCAAGAACUGAACACAUCAGGUUUGAAUGGCCGGAGCAGCUAACCUGAUUCACCUGCUGUGUCUGCACAAUUUAUUAAAGCAUUGGUUUGGCUGCAGCCUGCUCACUCUCAGGAAGACUACACUUGCGCUAGCCUUGAUCAUACAGUCUGUCUUGGGGUUGCGUUGUUUAUGAUGUACAGUAUCAAUAUAGUUGAGAUUCCAAA